AUGAACACAUUGACUAAUAUUGCAAUAAAAUUUUCUAUGCAAAUUGGAAGCAGACGAUUCAAAGACUGUGUCUAUGCCUAUGUAUGUAUAGCCUCGGUAGUAUCCCCCGAAACAAUUAUACUUGAUAUUAUUAACCAAAUCGCUUUUAAAUAUUUCUCAAAUGUGAAACUAAUUAACAUUCAACUUCCAAUUUACAAUCUACCGAUGAUAAAAGCGACUCUUUAUAGGGAAAGUGGUAGUGUUUUUGAUCAUGUUGGAUAUUUAGAGGACUUUUUAAAGGACCAAAAGGAGUAUAAAGUAAAGCGUACAAAUGAAUGUGAAAGCAGGAUUUUAUUUCUUCCAUAA